CUAAAAUUUGUAAGAGACUAAAAUUUUGCAGGCUGGUGCAUAAAUAGGAAUAGCAUGCAGUAAAAUCACCACGAGUGGUCUGGAUGGUCCUACAUGGUCAUAGCAGUCUCUCAAAGUUGAUCAAAAUGUUAUUGGAGUUCUUGGCUGGGCUCUGUUUAGGCUUACAGAAGACAUAUUUUUACUCAACAUAGGCUCUUGAUUUUUCCCCCCUUAUUGAGAUCAGUAGAAACACUCAAGCAAUGAGAAAGAAAAUUCCAUCAGGGACUGAACAGCAGACCUCACAAGUUUGAAAAAUAAUUUUGGAUCUCAUAUUCAGAGCACCCUAACACCUUGUGGGAAUAUACAAAGAUUUUUAAAAGAUAUAUUUUUUCUUUAAUCUGCAUUACCUCUUCUUUUUAAAAACACCAAUUUGACUUGUCUCAUGCGAUCUUUCUUUUUCAUUUUCCACCCUAAACAUGGACAAAAUGCACCAUUGAGAUCAAUAGGUUUUGUCCCCACUCCUGCAAUUCGAGUGAUUCAGUGAUUUUAGUGCCACCUGUGGUUACUCUAUACAAAACAUAUUUCUCAAUAGAUCUCAAUGGUGCAUUUUGCCCUUGUUCAGGGUGGGAAAUGAAAAAGAAAGAUUUGCAUAAGACAAGUCAACCGUUGAAGAUUUGUCACUCAACUGUUGAAUAGUAAAGACAUCCAACAUUCGCUGUAGUUAUGGCACAUGACAGUCUUGUUUUGAAAUAAUUGAUGUAUUAAUGUUGUGUUUUCAUUGUUACAGCUCAAAAAAUGUUGAGUGGAAAUGUUCCACAUUCAGUUCCUGUGGUACUGCUUGGGAGAACAGGAUCAGGCAAAAGUGCUUCUGGGAACACAAUCCUGGGCAGGAAAGCAUUUGUCUCAAAGAUGAGCCCAACGUCCACCACUAAAGACAUUAUGAGUGAAAAUGUCGCUAUAGGUGAAGUCAGUUUUACAGUGUAUGACACUCCAGCUCUCUUUGACAUAGACAGAGGAAAUGAAGAGGUCCUUAAUCAGUGGAAGAAUGUCCUGCCUGUGGAGGAGUCAGUGUUUCUGCUAGUGAUCCGGCCAGGCAGAUACACAGAGGAAGAGAUAAAGACAGUUGAGGAAGUUGAAAGGUUUCUAGGAGAGGAACGUUUGAAGAACACCUGGAUUCUCUUCACCAGAGGAGAUGAGCUGGAAGAUGAAGACACAACAAUAGAGGAUCUUAUUAAUGAUGCAAAAGAACUCAAGAGUAUUGUGCAGAGAUUUCAAGGCAGAUAUCACAUCUUCAACAACAAAGAUAUGAGAAAUCGGGACCAAGUGACACAGCUGACUAAGAAACUACAAGAAAGAUAUUGCAUCACAAGGCAAGUUUCAAAACCCUCAUCUCUACAUCUGCCCAGCGUUCUGCCUAAAAGAAGAAUUAUACUGCUCGGCAAGACUGGAGUCGGGAAAAGUGCUACAGGGAACACCAUCCUGGGUGGAAGGAGAUUUCAGUUAGAGCCUAGCCCCUUCUCUGUAACAUCCCAGUCAGAGUUACGGAAGUCAGUUGUUGAAGGAAGACAAGUGUCUGUGGUUGAUACUCCAGGGCUAUUUGACACAAAGUUCUCAAUAGAGGAAAUAGGUGUUGAAUUAGGGAAAAGCAUUUAUCUAUCCCGUAAAGGAGUUCAUACCUUUCUCAUUGUCCUACGCGCUGGGAGAUACACAAAACACGAAGAACAGGUUAUUCAGUUGAUCACAACGCUUUAUGGGGUAGAGGCUUUGAAGUAUGCAAUGAUUCUCUUCACUGGUGGGGAUGAGUUAGAAGGAAAGACUAUAGAACAACUCAUCAAGGACAACAGUUCCCUCAGUGAGCUGGUCCAGCAGUGUGGAGGGAGAUAUCACGUGUUUAACAACAAAGACCAGAGCAACAGAGAACAGGUGACUGCACUGCUGGAGAAGAUUGACAGAAUGGUGGAGGAGAAUGGAGGGAGAUGCUACACUAAUGAGAUGUUUGAGGAAGCAUUGAGGUUGAGUACGGAGGAAAAGAUAGAUGCAGAAAGGCGUAGAAAAGAAGAGGAGAAACGGGCUUGGAGGGAGCAGGCAGAGAGAAAGCAUAAAGAAAAGAAAGAGGAAAUUGAGAGAGCUAUAAAAGAAACUGAGGAAAAGGUUAGGAAAGUAUAUGAGGAAAGACGUAAAAUUGAAGAGGAGGAACGGGCUUUGAGGGAGCAGUUAGAGGUGCUCCGAAGACAACAAAUAGAGGAACAGGCUUUGAGGGAUGGGAAGCAUAAAGGCUGUUAUCUGAUGUAAUUUCUGAAAAAAUUGCUUAUUGUCAAUUUAUUUUUUGUGGGCAUAUGAUCGACUUGAAACUGCCAACAAACAAAGAUGUGUCCAGAAGAAAAAUAUUUCAUUCAUGUGAAAAUAUUUUGUAUGAAUAUUUUUUCCAAAGGACAGUGCUUUAAUCUUGUGAUUAUGUACUUUAUCAUAUUGUAAAUAAACUGCAGUUCUGCACGUUCAUGGUGAAUUUACGAAGACAUCUAGCCUGGGUGUUCCCAUCCUGCCUUGCGCGGUGAUUUCUUUCACGCUGCUAAGGCAGUCUGGACACUAACACCCAAAUUUUUGCCUGAUGUUGGUAACCAAUCACAGAACAUCCAAGAAGUUUCCAUUGCCUUCUUGCGUCUACAUUCGACGCCAAAGGAUUUACAGUGAUGUCAAUGGCAGCCCUUCGCGUUGCAUAUUGACGCUAUUGUCGACCUUACUUCUUCCAUGUUGUUAUCAUGUGAUGUGUAGAAAACCAGUGGGUGUUUGUUGUGUCUGUUAACAGUAGA